AUGGAUUUUUCUUUAAGAUGCAAUUCCCUCAAAUGUCGGGCAGAAUUAAAAGAGAAAGCAGUGGUGACAACCUGCUCGCACAUCUUCUGUCAUGGAUGUGCAGACAGCCUCGAGCUCUCUCGUCCAACCACCAGCAAUCGACUAUGUCCUGCGUGUCAGACGGUACUUCUCAACCCAGAUGAUGCUGUUUCGACAAUCUUGAAUCCGACCGAGGACUACAAAACAAGCGUGUUGAGUGGGUUGGACCCGAACACAAUCAUGGAAUGUGCUGGUCGCGCACUUGGGUUUUGGGCAUAUCAAAGCACACAGGAGAUAUUCUACCAGGAGUAUCGAGCGAAGACGCUUACGGAGAAGUAUGCCCACCUGAACACACAGAUGGACAAGGUCAUUCACAAUGCCAACACGGAGAUCCUGUCACUACAGAACAAGCUGUCCGACAUGCAAUCAUCUCAAGAAGACCUCCAAAAGAAAAACCAAGAACUGAAUGAUAUGUACCGUGAGAAGAAUAACAAACUGGCUCAAAUGACCAACCUCUACAACCUCCUUAAAGCUCGUGCCAUGAAGUCGCGAAUGCAGACCGCAGCCUCGGACACAGUCUCCCAAGCGCUAUCAUCACUCAAUGCUCCUUCUCCUGCCUCCAUGUCUUUAUCUAAUACCUCGGCAUUGCCUUCCGCCCCAGUUACACGACAUCCCAAAACUCCCACGUUUCCCGUCAACCCAGAUGGAGUCGAGCAGCUUCAUCGGUAUCAGCGAAGCGGCACCGGUAGUUCCAAAAGGGCAAGGACGAAGACACCUCGCGAAGCCCCACUGCCGCCCCCUACUCGGCCAAACUGGGAUGGGCCAAAUAGCCAAGGUCCAGAUCCCGCUCCCCAACAUCGUACUCGACUUCCACGUAUUUCUCGGGCUCCGACUGUCUCGUCUGAGCUUCCUCCUGGUGAUGCUAUUACGCAGCGGUUUGGGCGUUGA